CCUCUCACCCGGCUCUCCACCCCUCCAGAUCUACUCCCACAAUCAACAACACGCCUCCUCUCUUCUCAUACAAGAGUAUCACUCUCUACAAAAACCUAUAAAUCAUCAUCUCUUCCUAUAAAACAUCCCCUUUUCAAAAUUUCACCGCUAAUUCUACAACCUUUUUGCUCAAAUCUCACCAAUUUCGCUCCUAUUCUCGCUAUCCGUUGAGAAUUUCAAGAAACCCCAAGUGAGUGAGAUCUCGCAUAUCAUUUCUUAGAGGUGUGGGACGAUUUGGCAUAAGAAAAGGAAUUCAUGGCAGAUCAAAUGUUGGAGGGUAGCCAACCAGUUGACCUUACUAAGCAUCCAUCUGGAAUUGUUCCUACUCUUCAGAACAUCGUGUCAACUGUCAAUCUGGAUUGCAAGCUAGACCUGAAGGCAAUUGCACUUCAAGCUCGAAAUGCAGAAUAUAAUCCAAAGCGUUUUGCUGCUGUUAUCAUGAGGAUAAGAGAACCAAAAACAACAGCUCUAAUCUUUGCUUCUGGGAAGAUGGUUUGUACAGGAGCCAAGAGUGAACAGCAGUCAAAACUAGCUGCACGCAAGUAUGCUCGAAUAAUUCAGAAACUCGGGUUUCCAGCCAAAUUUAAGGAUUUCAAGAUUCAGAACAUUGUUGGGUCAUGUGAUGUUAAAUUUCCCAUUAGACUUGAAGGCCUCGCAUACUCUCAUGGUGCCUUUUCAAGUUAUGAACCAGAACUGUUCCCGGGAUUGAUUUAUCGAAUGAAACAACCGAAAAUUGUUCUGCUUAUCUUUGUUUCUGGGAAAAUUGUUCUUACUGGAGCUAAGGUUAGGGAUGAGACUUACACUGCAUUUGAGAACAUAUACCCUGUGCUGACUGAAUUCAGGAAAAACCAACAAUGAUAAUAUAUCAUGGAAUAUGGAUAUACAUACAAACCGAAUGGUGUUUUUAUGGGUGAGAAAGGGCUUGGGUUGGCCUUUGAGUUCGAACACAAGUGUAAAUAUAUAUAAUAUGUAAUGGGAAUCGUUUUUUUUUUUUUUUUUGAAGUUUUGACUCGUUUAUGUGUGAACUUGGAAUGGACAGUUAAAGCUUUGGACUUGGUCUUUACUUAGUAAAUUCAAUCCUUUUAAUUUGGAUUUAAGAAAUAAAAAACAAGUAUGUGGUUAUAGGAUGGAUAAAAGAAACUCGUAACAAAUAGAAUAAUAUCUCAUGUUCAAAAACUAAUUUGAUAUAAAACGAGGGUUGUAAGGCAAGAGGAUAUUAUAUUGUAAUAUUGUAUUAAUUUUUGUUUAGUUUAUGGUAUGCAUCAUGCAUGUG